AUGCCUGGCUCCUCUGAUGAAGAGGUCAAGCCGAAGGUUGGGUCGAAGAGGAAGAAGGCUUCCGAAGCAGGCGGAGCCCGCAAAGUUCCCAAGGCUUCGUCCGUCAAGUCUGAACCAGACCCCGACCCGCCUGAGGACGACCCCCUUCCCUUCGUCACCCGCCUCAAGCAGUCACGGUUGUUCAAAGGCUGGGUCGGUGCAGAGCCAACGGGGCAAGGGGAGGAUCAGUCCUUCCCUGGCCACCGUGAUAGCCCCGGUCUGCUGUCCAUCAUAGACAUCUACACCACCCAGGAGGACGCCGGCGAACAGGCUGCAUCCGAGGAAGAGAGCGCUGCAUCCGAGGAGCAGAGCCCGUGCGCAACACUCAUUCAUGUUCUGAAUCAAAUGAACCCCGCUCAAAAGGUCGAACUUGAGAUCAAGACCUUGGCCGAGAUGAAGCAAGCAACUGUCUGCAGCGCGGUUACUGCUGAUGGGCAGGAACGGGGCAUCGCCAUCCUCGUCCUCGACGCCAACUCCGAAGUCACAGACCAGGAUGCUGGGUUUAUGACAGGCUGGGCAGUUGUGGAGUCAACACUUCAAUACCUUGGCAUCGAGGAUCCCGCCCAGGCCGGCGACGAUUCCAUUGCAUCCGCCACCCACUCCCUCGCCUCGCUGUUCGGUAACCGAGAGGCAUACCUGAACCUGGAACCUCCUGGACCCGCCUCGACGUCCGAUUGGGAGAGUCGUGACGCAUGGGAGGCACACAUGGCGUACAUUUGGAUCAACACCAUCUACAAGCUCCGCAAGCAUGCCAAUUUCUGGUGGGCAAUUGGGGACGGCAUACUCCUCACACCAUCGGUCCUCGCACAGCCUCCCUCCGACACAAUGAGGGACGAUAUGAAAAGGGAGACAUCUCUGGUUGCGAUCGACUUGGGCGACGACGACCUGCGAGCUGCUUGGAACGGUGUGACAAAUCCCCGGUACGACUUGUCCAUUUCUGAGGACGAUCUCACCGGGGCACGAAACCACAUGACAAUCUUUUUCGUCAAUCCUGGGCCAUGUCAAGUGUCGAUAGGACGAUUCUCGGACUCCGCAGACCUGGAAUCAUCCAAGAAACGUCUCUUCGACUGGCUCGGCAAGUGGCCAGAGUUCAGAAACAAGAAGUGGAAAAUUCACAUUAAUACCCUCUACUCGCUUGUCGGAAAAGCAUGGGCGUCGGGUAUUGGAUGGGCUAUAGAUGCACUCGAGCGGGAAGCCACGGCUCGGAAGUCUCCUUCGUCCUUGGCGAAAGUCAACGAACCCACGGUUAUCGGCGACUGGUCGCUACCGGCUUCUGGCUGGGAGUACAUCGACAUUGCGUAUCGUCCAAAGGCCAAUGAAGCCGUUACGAUCUCGGCAGUGGUUCAACUCGCAAUGUUUGAGUGGGAGCUGCUCACCAUAUUCAAUUAUCUCAGCUUCUCGCAUCCCCGCAGGGUUAAGAUUGUACAACCACUCCUCGACCCUUGGGCAUGGGAGUCCGUGGCUCCCCAUGUCUCCUACCCUGCCGAUGUCGAAGCCAAAGCCUGGAUCGAGGAAAACCUCCGCCACGGCCGCCGUCAUGCUCCAAGCACCUCUCUCGUCGACAUUAUCCGUUCCGCCUUGCAUCAAUGCAAAGACCGAUAUCGCCACAGCUCCAUCCCACGAGACAUCCUCCGAGAGUUGACGAAGUCUUUUGUCAGCGCCGUGGAUAAAGUGCGCAUUGUGGCGGCUCCAUUUGAUGGCUCUGGCGAGGAGGAGGAGGACCAUCAAGCCACUAUCGUCACGACUGACAAGCGACACAAAGGGUCAAACCUGUUCAAAAGCUUUGUCUUCCGUUUGCCGAAGGACAUUGACGAGGACAUCGAGCUCGCCAGCCUGUUUUCGGAUACCGUUGCGAGGGGAAUCGGGGGUGGGCGUGGCGUUGUGUUUGGACUGGAACGUCUUGCAAAACACGACUGCCUAUUCAACACUCGCAUGGUCGAAGUUGCAGACGAGGACCCAGAGCUCGAUGGCGAGGAAGAAAGUGUGAACGGCAGCGAGGAUGGGGAAGAAACGGUCUCUCCUUGGAUCCAACUCGAGGCCAAAGUGUCGACUGCGAUUGAACCGGUCGGUGAUAUGAAUGAGGACUGCGAUUGCUCUGGGAGGUGCAGGAACAUGGGCACGAUUGCGCGGAACGGUCGACUCCGUGGAACGGUCGACUACGGCAUCUAG